AUGGCUUCUCGCUCGCCGACGUUGCGCGCCUCGGUAGCCGACCCCCCUGAGAAGGAUGUGGAGAAGAGCGGACUCGAUGGACCUCACGGCAGCCUGGAUGGACAGGAUCCGGAGAAACGAGACUCGGUGAAGAGGCCUCGGAAGGCGUCUCAGAAUGUCGACCCGUUUGGUGAUGCCGAGGAAGGGGAUGUGCAGUACAGGAGUCUGGAGUGGUGGCAGUGCUCCAUGAUUAUGAUUGCUGAGACCAUUUCGCUAGGCAUUCUAUCUCUGCCUUCGGUUCUGGCGUCGAUUGGUAUGGUCGGCGGCGCCAUUCUCAUCGCCUCGCUGGGAAUCAUAGCAACAUACUCCGGCUAUGUGAUCGGUCAAUUCAAGCGUGCCCAUCCCUGGGUACACAACAUGGCGGACGCAGGCGCGGUCUUGUUUGCGCCCUGGGGCCAUACGGCUGAAGCCAUCGGCCGCGAAGUCCUCGGUGCCGCCCAGACAAUCUUUUUGAUCUUCUCAAUGGCCUCGCAUAUUCUCACCUGGACCAUCUGCCUCGACACACUCACCGACUCUGCAACGUGUGCCAUAGUGUGGGGCGUCAUCGGCCUGGUUCUGUUCUGGAUCUUCGACCUGCCCCGAACACUGCUCAAAGUCAGCUGGCUCAGUAUUGCCUCUUUCAUCUCCAUCUUCUCGGCUGUCCUGUUGACCAUGGUGGCUAUCGGAAUUGAGAAUCCCAGUCAGGGCCGCUUCAAAGCAACGCAAAGCGUGACGUUUCAAGCGGCGUUUUUGUCCGUGACCAAUAUUGUUUUUGCUUAUGCAGGCCAUGUCGCAUUUUUCUCGUUCAUCUCCGAAAUGAAGAAACCACAGGACUUCACCAAAGCCCUCAUCCUGCUGCAGAUCAGCGACACCAGCAUGUACUUCAUUGCGGCGCUCGUCAUCUACGCGUAUGGAGGUGACGACGUCGAAAGUCCAGCUCUCAGCUCCACCGCGCCAACAGUCGCCAAAGUUGCGUACGGCCUUGCUAUCCCUACCAUUAUCAUCGCCGGGGUCAUCUACGGCCACGUUGCCGCGAAGUACAUCUAUGUGAGGAUCUUCCGCGGCACCAAGCACAUGGGCAAGCGCACCUGGCUAGCUGUCGGGAGCUGGGCCGGCAUCACCCUCGCGCUGUGGACCGUCGCCUGGAUCAUCGCCGAAUCAAUCCCCGAUUUCAAUGAUCUUCUCGCGCUCAUCUCGUCGCUGUUUGCAGCUUGGUUCACGUACGGUAUCAGCGGCAUCUUCUGGCUGUUCCUGAAUUGGGGUGGGUACACGAAGAACUCGAGGAAGAUGAGCUUGACAGCCGUGAACAUCGGGCUGACGCUCAUGGGUUUCGGCAUUUGUGGCAUGGGUUUGUAUGCCAGCGGUUAUGCAAUCCAUAAGGAGAGCAAGGGCAGCAGCUGGAGCUGUACGGUUUCCGAGUGA